ACUGAGCCAGGGGGGCUGGCAGCAUGGCAUAAGUGUUAAACUUACACCCCUGCUAUUGCACAGAGAGGCUGCAAUCCCAUCUCUGCUUCCAGGGGCCUUUCUCUCUUUCUGUGAAUGUGAAGACAGUCAUCCGGAGCAUUAUUGUUUCUGGAGGACAGCUGAGUCGGCAGACACCAGUGGAAGACCUCAACUCCCCUAAUCCCCCCAGUCAGCCCCUCUGUGUGUCUGUGGUAGGCUGUUGGGGUUUGGAUUUUGUGAAACAUAGAGCACCAUCCUGAGCUGCUAAUCUCCUCGAGGGGGCAGAGCUCAUCCAUUCCUAAGGUCAAGGGUAAGAUUGCAGCUGGUAGUUCACAAGACAAAAACGCUCAAGUGUGUGAUAAGUCUGAAGAAGUUCUUUAUUUUUAUGUAUUCAUUUUGUUUUGGGGCUUUAGUCUCAGUUGAACACCACCAGAGUGGAAACUUUCCGCUGUCCCUCAGAAUACCACCAUUAAAAGGGCACAAGAAUUAUCAUCUUCAUAGUGGUCCCAGAUAGCUCUUAAGCUCUUCUUCUUUGGCCUUCCUUGCCAACCCGGGCUUGAAAGCUCAUCUGACUCUGCUUGAACUAAUCUACUGUUCUGUUUCUCUCUUUCAGCAGCUGGGAGCAGAGAUGGAUAAGAUACUGGAAGCUGUGGUGAUGUCCUCAUACCCCAACAAUGUGAAGCAAGGGCUUGUGAGGCGCGUCAUUGAGGCAGCGAAGCAGCCCAUGGACAGUGAGCAAUGCUGGUCCAUGCUGGAGCUGUCUACCAAGCUUUACCUCACAGGGGACACCAAAUAUAAAAGAGAGAUCGGGAGAGAGGUUUUGGAGGUUUACGGCCACUACCAUCCAGAGGAAUUUGAGGAGUUCUUCAACGUCCGCUUCCUGCUGAGUCUCCUCCAGGAAGGCUAUGGACCUCUGGGGAAGAGAAGCCAUUAUGUACUUGAUUAUAUCCAGUUAGGACUGCAGUUUGUCUUGGAAAGCCCAUCAGCAAACAGCAUUUUCAGCUUAUUGAGGAUCGAGGUACUCCGCAAAGUCUGCGAGAGGCCCAGCCCCAAGCAGUGUGCAAAGAUCAGCAAACUCUUAACCCAGCAUCCUCAGUGCAUUCCCACAGGCAAACACCAGGUCUUGUUUUGUCAGCAGCUGAUCCGGUGUAUUGGGCAGUUCCAAUGUAUCUCUGAGGGGGAAGAGGACAUCAUGGAGUUUUUGGAGCAGGUGAACAAAGUGAGUGGUCUGCUGCAGAGAAUCUGGAGGACUCAGACCUCAGCCAUCCUGCCUUCUUUGAAGGAGUUAUUCACUAUCAUUUCUUCAACAGAGGAGCAGGAAGCACCAUCCAAUGCCUUGGCCAGUGUGGUCCAAUUUGUCCCUCUGGAGCUCAUGGAUGGUGUCAUAAGAAACCUAACCAAUGAUGACAGCAUCACUGAUGUGCAAAUGAUGACAGCCAUUGGCAGGAUGAUUGACUGGGUAUCCUGGCCACUGGGAAAGAACAUAGACAAGUGGAUCAUUGCUCUCCUGAAGGGUUUGGCUGCAGUGAAGAAGUUCAGCAUCUUGAUUGAAGUUACUCUUUCAAAAAUUGAAAAGGUCUUCUCCAAGUUGCUGUACCCCAUUGUGAGAGAAGGGGCUUUGUCUGUCCUGCAGUAUAUGCUGCUGAGCUUCCAGCACUCCCAUGAGGCAUUUCACUUGCUUCUCCCUCACAUCCCCAGGCUGGUGGCCUCUCUGAAGAAGGAGGACUCCAACUCUGCCGCCAGCUCCCUGGAGCAGCUGGCUGAGCUCAUCCAUUGCAUGUUCUUCCGCUUCUCAGGAUUUCCAGAUCUCUAUGAACCAGUCCUAGAAGCAGUUAAAGCUCUUCCUAUUCCAAAUGAAGACCGGAUUAAACAUCUCUUGGGACAAAAUGCUUGGACCUCCCAGAAGAAUGAGCUGGCCUGCUUCUACCCACGCCUGGCAUCCAAAUCGGAGACGGGAAAGAUUGGGUUAAUUAACUUGGGAAACACUUGCUACAUGAACAGCAUCAUACAGUCUCUUUUCAUGGCUUCAGACUUUCGGCAUUCGGUGUUGAAUUUAACUGAGGGCAACUCCCAGCCCCUGAUGACAAAGCUCCAGUGGCUCUUUGCAUUUUUGGAGCACAGUCAGCGACCUGCCAUCUCACCUGAGAGUUUCCUCUCUGCCUCCUGGCCACCCUGGUUCACCCCUGGUGCUCAGCAGGACUGCUCGGAGUAUCUCAAGUACUUGCUGGACAGAUUACAUGAAGAAGAAAAAACUGGAAAAAGAAUCUAUCAGAAACUCAAGGAAUCCAGCUUGAUGUCUCAGGCGAUGGAGCACCAUUACUUAAACAAGACCCUGAUUGAGAAAAUGUUUGGGGGUAAAAUGAUGACAAAGAUCCGCUGCUUGAAGUGUCUGAAUGUCUCCUCCCGAGAAGAAGCCUUCACAGACCUGUCCCUGGCUUUUCCCCCAGUGGACAGACAUAUGGAUGAAAGCACAUCUGUUUUACCAGUGGAAGAAAUUGGCCCACAGUUUGUUGAACAUCCUGAAAAUGCAAGCCAGCUAACAGGGUCUCCCUGGAUCCAGAGGAAGCCCCUCAUGGCCAAAGACCCUGCAGCCUCACUGAUGCCAGCGGAAACAUUGGGUUGCCAGGAGCCAGGAGAAGCCGCAAAUCCCUUAAGUGACAAUGCUGUUGUUAUGGAUGCAGCCAAAGACCCUCUCUUGACUUAUAGGGAGCAGGCACGUGCUCCAAAGGACUCCAGAUCCGUCCCAGAUUUAAUCAACUAUUUUCUGUCCCCAGAGAGACUGACAGCAGAGAAUAAAUACCACUGUGAGAAAUGUGCAUCCUUGCAGGAUGCUGAGAAGGUGGCAGAGUUGACGGAAGGUCCUCACUACCUUAUCCUCACACUGUUGCGAUUCUCCUUCGACCCACAGACGAUGAAAAGGAAGAAGAUCUUGGACAAUGUCUCCAUCCCUGUGGUGCUCAAGCUGCCUGUCCUUGUUGCCCCAGAGGAAACUGAGGAGGUUUGCCGGACUGGGAAAGACAGGGCUGCCCUGGAAAGUGGCUUCAUGUCUGUUGUGUAUGACCUCUGCAGUGUGGUGGUGCAUUCAGGCAUCUCCUCUGAGAGCGGCCACUACUACUGCUACUCCAGGGAGUGCACUGACACGGUCCCCCAUGGGCAGCCCCGCGAUGAGGCACUGAAACCAGCCUCUGACAAGCAGCUGGACUUCGAAAUCCAGUGGUACCUUUUCAAUGACACCAGGGUUUCCUUCUCCUCUUUCGAAUCGGUCAGCAACGUCACUUCUUUCUUCCCUAAGGACACUGCCUAUGUCCUUUUCUACAGGCAGCGGCCAGGCAGGCAGAGCUGCCCACUGCACCAGGCUCUGGCUGAGGCUGGCUGCCUGCACGGUGAACCCCCUCUCCAUAAGGACUUGAUGGAAGCCAUUUCCAAAGAUAACAUCCUCUACUUGCAGGAGCAGGAAAAAGAAGCAAGGAACAGAGCUGCCUACAUUUCUGCCUUGCCAAAAUCCCCGCUGUGGUGGAGAGACUUUGACAGAGACAAGGAUGAUGACAGCUCGCCAGGGGGCUGCGGCCCGGCGACAGGCGGCAGUGGAUCUGGCUCCUUUCAUGGACUGGUCUUCUAGCCACUGGGUUAAACCAGACAGUCAAUGCCCGCUGGGCCAACCCGAAGCAGAGGAUCCUCUUCCUCACCCUGAUGUCGGUGAGCAUCUUGUAGGACGAUUUGUGGAACAUUUCAAUGGAAGAGGACUCAGGGGCUGAUUUGGAGGCACCCAGAGGGUCCCAUUGCUUCCUAUGCAUUUGGUUUUCACGCCUUAAUGUAACUAAGCUAACACCGAGAUGAGCAGCUGCCAACAGCUCAGCAAAGUGCCCUUUUGCUUCAGCGUAGCUGUGUCUUGCCUGCUAUGAGCCAUAUCACUAGCCUGAGGAGAGGACAGGGAUGGGAAUGAAGAGGGAAGAGGUGGAGAUGGAGGAGAUGGAGACAGGGAUGGGGAUGGGGAUAGGCAUGGGGAUGGGGAUGGAACAGUGAGGCCUCAGGGAAGAUGUUCCGUGCACAUCCCAUCUGCAGCCCUUCACAUGGCACUGAGUCAGUUUUUCAGGAGACCUCUGUUUGAUUGUUUUUAUUUAAUUUUUUUUUUUAGAACCUACCUUGACACACCUCUAAAGGUGGAAAAAGGCUGAAAAAAAGCCAAGCAGCCAACAUGGCAAUGCUGCUGUGCUGGAGCAGUGAGCCUGUAAGUCUGCUUGGUCGCAGCGAGUCGUGGCAGGUCAGCCGGGGGGGUUUUGUGCAGCAUUGCAAAGCACCCGAAAGAGACUGAGGGCUGUAAAAUCCCUUUAGACAAGAGAGACUGACCUGGCCCAUUUGGGUUUUUCUGGGCUCCAGCAAAGACCUGUUGUGUUACCAGUGGAUGCUGUUAGUGUACACUGCAGGCCCAGACGCACAGGUGUUUUUCUAGGCUUUUCUUUGUUUCCAUUGAGAUAUCUUGAACUGAGCAGCAAAUGACAGAGCCUCCCACUAACUUUUUUUUUUUUAAAUGCUGACAUGCAAGGAAAGUAACCCAACCAGAUAUAUUAUAUCAACCCAAUAUGGAUAUAUACUAUAUAAAUCAAUGAAUUAUAUAAAUCAGUUAUGGGACAGGACCUGGUCUGAGUGGAAAGUCAGCCCAAGCCCUGAGCUAUGCAUCUGCAGGAUUGUGACUCCCUCUUGCAAACCUCCCCAGCCCUCCUUCGCACCUGUAGGAGAAAUUUCUCUAGCUCAAAUGGCAGAGUCUUGUGCCUUAGGUCCUGGGUGCAGGGCCUAAUCCUGACAUGGGGUAUUGGAGUGGGAAUGUUGUGUUGCCAGGUAAAAAAAGGCAAAGCACAGACAUGCGAGUAGAAAAUCUGCUAGAGAGGGUGGUCGGGAUCAAGUCUCUGGUGUAUAGUAUUGUAUUGUUUCGUAGCCUUUCCUAUAUAUAAGUAAAGGAAAUUAAUUAGCUCAACAUGGAGGCUUAGCGUCUUAUUGCAAUACUUAUAUCUGUUGGUCUGAUGGCUCAAAAAAAGAGAUGGGGAAGCUGAUGGGAGAUGAACAUCCAAUUUUGUGGAUGCAGGACAACACUGCAGAGUGGUGGCUUGGAAGUGGGGAGCAGGCAGAGGUGGGAUGGGGUCCCCCCAGCCUGGAGCUGUGUGCUCUGAAUACAGAUGACAAGUGGUUUUGUAGAUGAGCAGUGGACUGUUAAAGCAGUGCUAAGAUGAAAUAAAUACAUACCCAAACCUGAAGUUAUACAAAAUGUACAGCGUUUCAUGUUGCUGUUGUGCCAGCUCUCUGCUUUGUGCUGGCGUGUCACAUGGAGGU